CCACAAGGAUAAACGUUCCUCAGUUUGCUUUGAGUUUGCCUGACCUUUGAACUCAACCAAAGAUGGCUUCUGAAGAUCAGACGAACAACAUAGGGGUCAACUCGGACCUGGUCACCCUCAGACGGUACCUCUCUAUGGGACAAACAAACGGAACAUACUACGUUGUAAACAAAGAACCUAAGGGAAAUCCCCUUCCAGAGUGCACGCAGAAGAUCCUAGAGGAAGGUCGAGGAGGAGAUAUUGUCAAAGAACUUCUAAAGUUUUCCAAGGCUGGACACGUAGUACAUGAGGACUCCUACAUGAAAGUAUUGGUUUGCAUUGCAAGGAGCAAGGACUCGACGGCAAAGAAGGCCUUGUAUAACGAACUAGGUCAGCUCUGCCCGACUGCGUCUGGACUCUUUCGCUUUGUUGACGGGGUGGAGAAGGGUGGUGAGGGCACAGGCUGGGGACGCAUGCAGAGGAAGGCAAUAUGUAAUUGGUAUUGUGGCAAAGAUGGCCAGGAGUUGGCGCGGCUGGUUACAGGGUGCAAGCAGCGUUGUGGAUGGUCACAUCGGGAUCUCAUACGACUAGCUCACGUCAAACCUCCAGCAGAAGGUUCAGGUACUGCUCUGGUGUUGAAGUACAUCAUGCGGGGUUUGAAAGUCGUGUUAGAGUCUCAACCCACCGAGGGAGCAGACGACAGCACCAAGGCAUUGACAGAGUUCCUCAAGGAUGUAGAUGGUCUUCGGAAAGAGGAGGAUUUGGAGAGAGUGGCAGGGCUGGUGGAGAAACACAAACUCUCACUGGAACAUCUUCCUACUAAGAGUCUCAAAUCAAGAGAGGUGUGGAAAGCCCUAGUCCCUCACUUGUCAGUGCAAUCCAUACUAGAUAACAUUGUGAGACUAGCAUCGAUGGGUCUGUUCAAACCGAAGAGUCCUGAGGUGGAAGUGAUAUGCAGGCGAUUGCAGACACCUAAGGACCUGUCGGAGGCGCACGUCCAUCCAUUUAGUGUACUAAUGGCGCAACGCAUCUACCGCUCCAAGAAGGUGGAGAAGACCAAGGCCCACUGGGAGAUCAACAAGGAACUCAUGAAAGCCUUGACGGAAGCUUACUAUAAAGCCUUUGAGGUCUCAGAAAAAACCGGCAAACGAUAUCUCCUUGCAGUUGACGUCAGUUCGUCCAUGGCGCUGAGUGGUGUGAACGGAACUAGGAAUAUUGCCGCCCGAGAGGCCGCUGCCACCAUUGCGCUGAUGAUCGCCAAGAAAGAAGAAGGCAGCCAUAUCAUGGGUUUCACAUCAGAGCUCAAAGAGAUCCCUAUCACUGCUAACAUGAAACUGGAGGAUGCUGUCAAAAAGAUGGGAGAGCUGUCAAUGGGUCAAACAGACUUUGCUCAACCAAUGCUGUGGGCUGCUAAGAACAAGAUAGCAGUGGAUCAAUUCAUCAUGUGCACAGAUUGCGAGACCUUCAGCGGAGAUGUGUCGGCAGGUGAUGCCAUUUCUCAGUAUCGUCAAGCCAUGAAGAUCGAUGCCAAGGUUGCCAUCGUUGCCAUGACAUCCAACAGCUUCUCCAUGGCGAACCCAGACGACCUAGGCAUGCUUGAUAUAGCCGGCUUUAAUGGCCAGGCAGCCAAACUCUUACAAAGUAUGACGCUGAAUUUUCAGUGAUGCAUGAUAUCUAUUUUAAAGAGUGCAACAAUAUUUAUUAUGAUCAUUAUUAUGUCUGAAUGCUUUGAUUCAGUAUAUUAUGUUAUUGCAAUUGUGGCACAUGCAAGUACUUUCCGUGGCGCUCAGGGCAGGUGCCCAUACAUGGAGUGGACUUCUUACCUAUGCCAAUCCUACACAGAAACUUUAACAUUUCUUUUGCAAUGGACUCAUCCAAGGUCUAUGAAAAACAGACAUGCAGUGAAUUCUCCUUCAAUUUUAAUUUCAGACGGGUAUUUUUAAUUAUUAACUCACGUUAUAUGAAUUAUGAUAAGAAAAUAAACCAAUGGCCCUUUUUCGGAACUCUAGUUUAACUAUGGUCUAAAGCUGUUGGAUAUCUAAGAUAGCCAAAUGUGACACAAUCUCUCACAAUAGAGAUUAAAUUCAUCUGUACCUUUGACGCUCAAUAUCAUUCAUAACUGUUAUGGUAUUUGAAAUUGUUUUCCUUUACCAUGAAAACCAUGGGGGAAAAAGCACAGUAAAAAUAAUAUUAGAUCAUGGGUUGAAUUAAACCUAACUACAGGUCAAAAACUGGCUUUACUAUUUUACUUUAUCUGUGAUUUGAAAAUGGACAAUGAAUUGCAUAUUGCUACCAGCGUUAUAUUUUGAAUGCUGUAAUUACUAUUUCCCUAACCCAGUAGUCUAGUUAUCUUGGGGACAAUCUCCCAUUUGAGAAUAUCCAAUGUAACUUGAAAUUAUAGAUUUGCCAUGUUAAAUCAUACUUAUUCACAGUCAUAAAUACCAGAAAUUCUGUUACAGAUGUGUACUUAGCCAAUAAAAUGGCACAAUUUUAGUAGCUUAUAACGGAAGCAUGUAACUUUUCAUUAAAUAAUAAAAUAACUUUCUUUGUGAAACAGGGUUUGUGCCAUACAUUUAUAGUAAAACACAUACCAGAACACAGAUUGUUAAAGAGAAAACAUGCUAUUACCUCUUUUUUUUAUCGCAAGGUUAUUUUAUUUCUCAGACAUGCCAAAUCUUUUUAGUCUUGAGUAAAACAUGGCUUCACAAGUGCAAAAAUCUUUUAUUAUCAUCACCUUUAUAAUAGCUAUCGGCCUUUUUAUUGUCAAAAGAAUUACUGCAUAUGAAAAUAAGAAUGAUAUUGUUUUCUCAAUCGAGGAGAAUCUGCAUGUUUGGGGGUAGUUUUCAGCUCACAAUGCUACAAACUUAACAAGAUCGAUGUCAUGGAUUAAGUAAUUGCUGAUGCAAAAAUAAUAGAUUGCUGGUCCCUGUUUCCAAUUAAUGCAAAAUACAUCCUGGAAAACUGACCAAAAUUGAUUUUAUUACUUACCCAUAGGUGUGAUUGUGGUUGAGUCUGCGAGUAAGCAGAAAAGAAAAUUGUGCCUUGUUUUGGUCGAAAAAACUUGUAAUAUUAAAAAUUCCAGUGUUACGUUUGGCUGUGCCAAAGUAUUAGACCACUGUCUUGGGAGUUAUUAUUGUUAUAUAUUUAAGAUUGUUAAUAAUAGACCAUUAUUCAUUGUAUCUGAAUUUUUUUGUCCUUUAAAAGAAAUUAUUUGGAUAUUAAAUGAAAUUAUGCAAAUUGAUUUUCUUUUCCAACUUCGAACACCUUUAUGUAAAUGACUUGUUUUUAAAUAAUGCAGUACUUUCUAUGUGUUUACUGCAAGUGAUAGUAAUACAAAUUGCAGUAGUCUGUGCAUAGUUGUUUGAUAUGUAGAUAUUGUGUUUUCAUGGCGGCAUUAUGUUUGCAUGAUAAGAUUUCUAAAUCUUGACCGAGUAACUUAAUUUAAGUAUACACCGUUUAUAAUCCAUGUAAAGUUAUGCAUGUAUGAGUAGCCUGAUUAUGGGUAAUUUUUCACAUAAAACAGGAAUAGACAUUACAGAGGUCUCGUUAAAUACAAAAUCUUAAACUUUGAUGUGUGUUGUAAAUGUAUGUAGUGUUGAUCAGUAGGAUAAAAACAUAUGAAGGAACUUACAAAAAUAUCAAAUUCUUGCAGACACUGUGAUAUCUGUAUUACUGAAAAAUUAUGCAAUAUCUCUACUGGUGAAAACAAAAUGUUAGGAUAUGUAGUAUGUAUAGCAGAAAUAAAACUGUUCCAGUCACUUUUACAUUUUCACCUUUUGUGAAGCACUGAUUAACAAAUUUCAGGUACAGCUCCGUUUAGGGCUUCAGUCUACAAGAUAUCACAGACACAGAUAACGAUUCAAUGGAUUAACAAUACGGUGUGCCACCUAUCGGUUGCAGCGGACAGGCCAAUUUCUAACUUUGGGGUUGACAUCGCAGGCAGCACACAGUGCUUGUGUACUGUAAUGUGACUGUGAUGGCAGAUCCAGUACAGUUGUUUUUCGGUGAAUACAGGCCAACGAACAAAAAAAAAGAAGAAGGUAUUUAACUGAUCGUGGCAUACCAUCCCAAGCUAAGAGAGAAGAAGAAAGAACUCGAGCCACGCUAGCCAGCGCAACAUAAUCGCAUGCAUGCAGUGCGCGCCACAGAGAUUAAUAUCGAUGUGACUUUUUUCCCAUGAGGCAUUGUGAAUUUUGGCCUGUCUGCUGCAACAGACGGGUGGCGCACCGUAUUGAGAAUCCACUGAAUUGGUUCCUUUUAGUUCAGAUCUUUUAAAGUCUAGUCCUUGUUGACCAAUUUUUAAAGUGCUUUUGAUUGCCCUAUGUUGAAGUAAGUUUUUGUUAUUAUAUGCUGCAAGAAGACGUACGAUGGAGAGUUUUAUUAUUUUGUGUAGUACACAACUCACAUUCAUGUAAGAGGGGGAAAUAUUCAUGAAACAAAUUAUGAAGAUUUAUUAUAGAAACACAAUCACCAAGCAGAAAUUUAUGAAUGUGCCAUGUAUCACGAUAGAUACAUGUAUAUGAAGGAUAUUAUUAAAGAUACAGAAAUUGAAUUAUUAUAUAGGGAAAUGGAAGAUGAAUUUAUGUGAAUACAUGUUUCUAUAAUUGUAUUUUAUUUUAUCUAUUGCACUACUGGCAGAUUGUUCCAAAAUGAUUUUUUUUCUAUGGUUGAAAAAAAGAAAAUUUUAGAAAAUUCUCAUCUGCUCCAACAAUGAAUUUUGCUAUGUAUCAGAGCAGAUAUGUAGGACAUAAUAAAAAUACAGAAACUGAAUUAUACCAAGGGAAAAAUUAAAAAUGAAAGAUCUAGGAUUUAUAUCAAUACCUGCUUCUAAGUAUCAAUUCCAUUUUACCACAGACAGCAUUGUUCCAAAAUGAAUUUCCUUUGGUGGUUGAAAAACAAAAUGAAGAUACAAAUAAAUUUGUUACUUGUUACCAACCAUGAAAUGAAAUAUUUGAAUUGUGCAAAACUUUUCUGUGAAUGAAAUGUUUAUCAUGGUUUGGGGUGAGGUGUUUGAUUUUUUUUACUGAAUAAAUCACCUUUUAUUGAUAUAAAAAGGGAAACAGUUCUUACAAUAAGCACAGGUUACCUGUCCAAAAUGAACAUGAUGCAGGGCAACAUAAAAUGAAAACAGUACAGUAAUUUACACAAACAAACUGUUGAUCACUUCAUAUCCAACAUAUUACAUUGGCUUACACAUUUGAAAUUGACUUUUUAUUGUUUGUUUCAUAUGCUUUUAAAAUGAUAUUUCUCUCUAUUCAUUUCAAUUAAAUAAGGUUUUGUGAUUCAAAAAUGUUUUCAAGCUAUUUUUUUUUAUUAUUUUGUUUGAAAUUAAGAUAACACAUGUUUUUGAAUUUUAUUAAUUUCAGAAUGAUUUUUUUGAGAGGCUGGAAAGUAUAUAUAUAUGGAACUGUACAUGCAAGUAUGUAUUGUGAAUUUUCUGAAUUUUUCAAAUUUUUCACCCGUUUAUUAAUCAAAUUGUAUCUCAAUGGAAUUACGACUUACAAUAUGUAUGAAACAAAUGAAUUUGAAGCAUAUAUCUUUUUUCAAAAGGCAAUUAUUACAUGAAUGCCUAGCAAUGAUUUCAUAUGAAAUGAAUAUACAUGUAGUGCAGAAAAUGCCUUUAAUCAAGUUCAUACUGUCCUGCAAUUAAAAAAGAACCAAAUAAAAUUUCAACCAAAUUGGAGUUAUCAAUAUAUUUUCAUAUUUCACACUGUACUCCUCUCUUGGAUCAAUCUCAUGUCACUCAUCCUACUAAAAGAUAUGCCAGUAUCAGAAAGCAUUGGUACCAUUGUGUAAUUUGCAUGGACUUCAGUAUAAAAACUCAAGGUUGAUUACAAAUAGGUUUCUUGCCACACAUGCUCUUUAUGACAUAUGAAUUUUCUUUUUGGGAAAAUGUAAAUUCAUAGAUUUGUUACUUUUAUCAUCGCCAGGCAACAUCAGAGUUGCCAAGCCUUGCGGGAUAGUAAUGAGAUGUGUUCGAAUGUAAAUUUAGUGUUGACUUCCCAUUGAAUGACUGAGCAAAAAACUUUUGUUCACAUGUUUUGUAUCAUAAGAAUACAUUUGGUUCAGCCGUUUGGUAAUUCACAUUGUAAUUUCUUAUCUGAUAAACAUUCUGUGACGGUUGGCACCUCUGCAUAAUACACAGUAUGAGCGACUUACGUUCUGGGGGGCAUUUCAUGAAAAAUUAUUGAUCUUUCACCCAACUGUUGUUAUAAGCUACUUCAAAUCUUGCAUCUGAUUGGCUGAGAGUAAUUUAGUUCGUGAAAAUUUCUAACAAUUUUUUUUCUUGAAUUAUUCUGAUGUUGGUCCAUGUAUUGCAUAUUAUCAAUGAAACACUUGAAGUAUGCUUUGUUGGGUCCUAGAAUGAAAAUGUAAUAGCAAGUGUUUGAUUGCUACACAGUGCCUAAACAAAUGGGUUAGAUAAAAUGGAAGUGUGUGUGGGAUGUUUUGUGCAAGUGCCACGGUAUAUAUUUUCAACCCUCACUUUUCAAUAUAGAGCAAUGCAAGUUUAAAUCCAACUCCGGCACUACCGUGCUUUGGCAAGAUGCUUAUCUAAUGUAUAUUUGCCACUCUCUACCCAGGUGUGAAAUGGGUACUCUGAAAAAUGUUGAAGCAAAUGGAGUAUGCUAGACAACUUGGUCUUGGUAGCUCUUGCUGGAAUGAUCCCCAAGGAGUGGAUAAUGUGUACAAACUUGGACAUGGCUGAUGUAUUAAGAGCUAUUUAUAAGCAGAAAUAUUGUGAUUGUGACUUUGCUCUCAUAUCAUAGCCAUAUUUACAGAAUUAGCUAAGUAUUUUGUCAAAGGUAUAUAGAAAAUGAAAUCUUCAUCAGACAUUAACGUAUGAAUGUUUAAUUAUUGUUCAGAAAAAUAGGAAUAAAAUUAAAAUUCUUGUUGUGAAAUCUG